GCUCCUCUCGAAAGAUUUCGAAAAUGGAGCCUCUUACAACUACUUAUCCACUGAAAUACUCAGUGCCCAAAGCAAGGGUCUUUGUUGUCUUUCUGUCGAUGGUUCUGUGUACUGCCAUUCUCUGCCUGCUGCAACUCAGAUUUUUUAAACCUAAAAUCAAAGAUUUUUAUUCUUUCGAAGUCAAGGACUCAAGAGGAAGGAUCGUUUCUUUGGAGAAGUACAGAGGGAAAGCAACUUUAGUUGUAAACGUGGCCAGUUACUGCCAACACACAGACAAAAAUUACAUCGCACUGCAAGAACUACACAGAGAGUUUGGUCCCUCCCACUUCACUGUGCUGGCUUUUCCCUGCAACCAGUUCGGAGAAUCAGAGCCUAGUUCAAGCCAGGAAGUAGAAUCUUUUGCCAGAGGAAACUAUGGAGUAACCUUCCCUGUUUUCCACAAAAUCAAGAUCCUAGGAUCAGAAGCAGAGCCUGCCUUUAAAUUUCUAAUAGAUUCUUCAAAGAAAGAGCCUCGAUGGAAUUUCUGGAAGUACCUUGUCAGCCCUGAGGGUAAAGUUGUGAAAUUCUGGAGACCUGAAGAGCCCAUAGAAAGUAUCAAACCAGAAGUAGCAUCGUUAAUCAGGCAGAUUAUCAUGAAAAAAAGAGAAGACCUCUGAAGAAGCCAUUCACACUGUGAACCUAUUCAACAGCACAGGUACACAGCUUUAUUACGUUCCUGGGAAACGCUGCUAGAAGCUAAACCAUCAGGUAAUGUUACUUCUUUUGGCGCUAGUAUUUUCAGCUACACUAUGUCUAUUAAUGUUGGAUUAACCACCGAGAUUACUGAGAAUGGCAAAGCAAUCAGUACCUUGCAGGGAUGGACCUUCCGUUUGCAUAAAGUUCCUGGAUGUUUCUUUAAAUCCCUGAGGAUGGCUAAUUAGCAUUGUCAUCAGCAGGAAGAUUACUAAGAAGAGGCUUUGUUGAUAAAUUACUCAGUAUUUGCACAGAAGAGUUUUGUUUCCCAUAUAAUGAGUAACAAAUAGAUUUUGAUAGUCCAUUAACACAUAUUUGACCUGACUGAAAGACAUGGGGUGCAGAGGUAUCAUACCAGGGUUUUUAGAGACCAAUACAGCUGAAGAUACCAGCUUUGCAAUACCUUCUCAAGGGAAAUUACUGAGUUGUGAAGCUGUCAACUUAGUUGUAAAAAACUGUACAUAGAAAAUAAAAUUUUUAGAAGAAAAAAA